AUGUCUUUCCUCGGUCUCGGACGCCCCCAGCCCUCCUCGGCGGAGAAGAUCGCCGCCGUCGAGAGCGAGAUGAAGCUCCUCGCCGACCUGCACAACCGCCUGACCAAAUCCUGCGCGCUCAAGUGCGUCCCCAACGACUACCACGAAGGCGACCUCAACAAGGGCGAGAGCGUCUGUCUCGACCGCUGCGCCGCAAAGUUCUUCGAGGUCCACAUGAAGGUCUCGGACAUCCUGCAAAAGGAGACGCAGCAGCGAGGCGGGAGCGCCGGCGGCAGCUUCUUUGGUUAA